CGCCUGGAGUCAUUCCUCACAGGGACCCAGGAGAACAUUUCCAUCCAGUUUGGCUGAGACUGUCCCAGCCCAGAGAGGAGCCCAGGAUGUUCCUGAAGGCUGUGGUGUUGACCCUGGCCCUGGUGGCUGUCACUGGCACCAAGGCUGAGGUCAAUGCUGACCAGGUGGCCACUGUGAUGUGGAACUACUUCACCCAGAUAAGCAAUAAUGCCAAGGAGGCUGUGGAACAACUCCAGAAGUCAGAUGUCACCCAGCAGCUCAAUACCCUCUUCCAGGACAACCUUGGGAACGUGAAUUCGUAUGCUGAUGAACUGCAGAAGCUGGUUCCCUUUGCCCUAGAACUGAGUGAACGCCUAGCCAAGGAUGCAGAGAACGCGAAGCGAGAGAUUCAGAAGGAGCUGGAGGAGCUCCGCGACCGCAUGAUGCCCCAUACCAACACGGUGAGCCAGACGUUCGGGGACAAUGUGCAGAAGUUGCAGCAGCACCUGAGGCCCUUCAUGGUGGACCUGAAAACGCAGGUCAACACGCAGGUGCUGGAACUGAAGCGCCAGAUGUCUCCCUACAUGCUGAAAAUGCAGGCCACAGUGCAGGAGAAUGUAGACAACCUGCAGGCCUCCAUGAUGCCCGUUGCCAAUGAGUUAAAGGAGAAGUUUGACCAGAACGUGGAAGAGCUCAAGGGGCGCCUGAUCCCCCAAGCCAACGAGCUGAAGGCCACAAUCGACCAGAACCUGGAGGAUUUGCGCCGCGGCCUGGCCCCUCUUGCAGUGGGUGUGCAGGAGAAACUCAACCACCAGUUGGAGGGCCUAGCCUUCCAGAUGAAGAAGAACGCCGAGGAGCUCCAGACCAAGGUCUCCGCCAACAUCGACCAGCUGCAGAAGAAGCUGGCCCCGAUGGUGGAAGAUGUACGCAGCAAGCUAAAGGGCAACACGGAGGGGCUGCAGAAGUCUCUGGAGGACCUGAACAGACAGCUGGACCAGCAGGUGGAGGAGUUCCGGCGCACCGUGGAGCCCUUGGGGGAGAUGUUCAACAAGGCCCUGGUACAGCAAAUGGAGCAGUUCAGGCAGCAACUGGGCUCCAACUCGGGGGACGUGGAGAGCCACUUGAGCUUCCUGGAGAAGAGCCUCAGGGAAAAGGUCAACUCCUUUAUGGGAACCCUGGAGAAAAAGGAGAGCUCAGACCAGCCCCUGUCCCUCCAGGUCCCAGAGCAGGUCCAGGAGCAGGUACAGUCCAGCCCGCUGGAGAGCUGAGCUGUCCCUGGUGCUCUCAGCCCGUCACAGCCACAGACACCUGCCCUGCCCCACAACCUGUCUGUCAAUCUGUCCCUAAGCACUUCUUGUACCAGCUGGAGGACACAUGUCCUGCGCAAGAUGAUGAGACAUCUCUCUAUUCAAUAAAGCUACUGAGAAAUUAGCCCCA